AUGGAGGAGGGCAUGGCCGAGAACCAAAUCGCACCACCACACCCAAUUCACCGUCCCUCUCCUUCUUCGCAGCUCCCCCCAUCACCGACCUCCAUCUCAUCGUCGGUCAAGAUCAUCCUCGACAUCCUAAUCCGAACCACACCCCAGCAGAUCGAACCGGCUCUCGCCUCCACCGGAAUAAUCCCCACCACCGAAGUCGUCGUCGAAGUCCUGAAGCUCUCGUACGACUACCCAUUCUCCGCCAUAAAGUUCUUCCGAUGGGCCGGGCUGGCCCACAAGCACUCAGCCCACGCCUGGAACCUCAUGGUCGACCUCCUCGGCCGCAAUCGCCUCUUCGAGUCCAUGUGGGACGCCAUCCGCUCAAUGCGGCAGGAAAAGACUCUCUCCUUGGCUGCCUUCGCCUCCGCCUUCGGAAAUUACUGCGCUUCUGGAAGCUUCGACGACGCCCUCAUGACUUUUCAGGUCAUGGACAAAUACGGCAUCCCAAACGACGUCGUUGCCGCCAAUUCUCUGCUCAGCGCAAUGUGCCGCGAAAACGGCGGCGUUUUGAGGGCUCUGGACUUCCUCGAGACCAUGAAAUCGAAGCCGGAAUUCUGCCCCGACGGCGACUCGUUCGCGAUUUUGCUCGAGGGGCUGGAGAAGGAAGGGGAUGCGGCGAAGGCGAAGACAACGUUUGGGGAAAUGGUGGUGAGAGUUGGGUGGAUGCCGGCGAACGUGGCGGCUUACGACGCUUUCUUGAUGACGCUGGUGAGAGGGGAACAAGUGGAGGAGGUUGUGAAAUUCUUGAUUGUGAUGAAGAAGAAUAGCUGCUUGCCAGGUUUGAGAUUCUUUUCCAGUGCUCUUGAUAUUCUUGUUAAGCGGAAGGAUUCGAAGAAUGCAAUUUUGAUUUGGGAUGUUGUGGUUGGCAAUGGUAAUGGGUUGGUGCCUAAUUUGUCAAUGUACAAUGCCAUGAUUGGAUUAUUGUGUGAUUGCAAUGAGGUCGAUGAUGCAUUUAGGCUCCUUGAUGAGAUGGUAUUUCAUGGUGCUUUUCCUGAUUCUUUCACUUAUAAUGUGAUCUUUAAGUGUUUGAUUAAGAACAAGAAGGUUGGUGAUGCCGGUAAGUUUUUUGUGGAGAUGGUGAAGAAUGAGUGGCUUCCCACACAUGCUAAUUUUGCUGCUGCCAUCACCAUGUUUUUCGAAGGGGAUGACCCUGAAAUGGGGGUUCAGAUUUGGAACUUUAUGGUUGAAAACAAGGUCGAGCCUCUUGAUGCAGCGGCCAAUGCCUUGCUCUUGGGGCUUUGUAAGUUAGAUAGGUUGUCAGAGUUGAAGAGGAAUGCUGACGAUAUGCUUGAUAGAAGGAUCAGCAUAUACGAAUCGACAAUGGCGAGCUUGAAGAGUGCCUACUAUAAGGAUGGCAGAGGUGCAAGGGACAAAUAUGAUGGCUUGGCAAGGAGGUGGAAGACCUCACUAGGUCGCUAG